UACUGCUAUUCAAACUUUGUGAUGUGACAAUAUGUCCCAACAGUUCAGUAUUGAUUUCUGAGGUUAUUACCAUAAAGGUGUUCUUCGAAUCGGAACCAAAGCCUUUAUCUAGCGGAUCGAAGUCGCUGUUAUGAUUAGCGGGUUUGCUAAAGUGGACGAGUAUAAUAUUGAUUAGGUAUGUGUGACGUCAUGCGGAUAUUGAAAUUUUAUUAAAUGUGAGCUGAUAUAGAUUCCAACAAAUAUGGCAUCUAGAGAUUUCAGUGUUCUGAGCUUUCUCGAACCGAACAAUCAUGCUAUUUACAAAGUUGAAUACUAUUUUUUAUAAUUAAAUUCACCAACGAUCAUGACAACGAAAAAAGAAGUAUUCUUUUCUGUGAUUUUCUAUGCACUGCAAGCAUUAGUUUCCGGGACCACGAAAAUAUGUUACAACUUUAAAAACGAGCCGCGCGAGCGCUCGUGUGCUAACGGUUGCUGUGGUACCGACUAUGAGCAGUAUUGCUGUGACAACACCCUGCCUAUAGUGGGCUCAGUACUAGGUGCCGCCGCGGUGUUUGCGAUAAUUCUGGCAGCAGGCUACUACUGCUACCGUAAGAAGAGCAAGAGUCGCCAGGCUGCGAGACAGACCGCUGUGAUUGUACGAUGCGGAUGCGCUUCGACCAAUGCCGCUAACGCAAAUAAUACACAACAAAGAGGUCCGCCACGAAUUCCGGCACCACGUGGCCCGCCGUACAGAAUCCCCAUAAACCGCGCCUCCCCGACCUCCAAUACACAUUACAACCCCGCGUUCGUCUUGGCUGACCACGUGCCGAGCGCGUUCCAAUACGACCAAAUGGCAGUUUACCCGCCCCUUGACCCAGCGGCCCCUAUGCUCCCCCCGUACGAGAUGACGUUAGCUCCGCCCCCUUAUGCAAUGCACAAGUCUGAGCCGCCUUCACGACCUCCAUCGUACAACGACUCCAUUCACCAUAUGGGGUCACAGAAGGGGCUCAAACCUGGUUCGUUAUUUUCUGAAUUGAGCGUGGUGGAGAUCAAGAAGGCGUCCGAGGCUCCGAGAGAGUGUGUGUCUACUGUGGUCUGCUACCUUAGCGAAUGCGAAAAUGGCUUGUAUAAAUUAUGCAAAUGAACGCAACCCGAAUGAAUCCGAUCCUGACUCGUGAGCGAACGUAGAUUACAUCGUGGAACGAUAUUUAGAUGCUUAAAACUUGCCAAAUGCUUGUAAUAUAACGUUUUUACAUCAAUGUUACUUGUUUUUAAGGUCUUCCUAUUGUAAUUAACCAUCGUGUGGUACUACUUGUUGUCGAAUGUUUUUAUAUAGCAUAAUACAGUAGCCGUAUGUAUUGGUGAGCGUUAUAGUGACUUUAAAGUAUGUAUUGCCAUAUAGCAGCACACGUAUUAUCAUCUUCAUAAAUGUUCCAUAAUUCGAAUAAAUGUUAAAAUGAAGACAGACAAUUUA